GACAUGGGGGGGUCGGAGCUGCACCCGCUCAGUGUCUGUCCCUUAUGUACGGACCCAUGUGCAGCUGUGCGUGCGCCUCUUCUUCUUCUAUGUAACCUGCUGCUGCUGCUGCGCAUUCAUCUGUGUGUCCGGCCGCUGCACUCCCUUUGUGUGUGUAUCCUUCCUCCUGUGUGUGUGUGUCUGUUUCAUGCAAAGUCCACAGAACAACUCGGCACCGGCCUUAAAGGGUCCAAACAGGAAGCAAUUCAUUAGAGGAACCUGGAAUCCAAUAUUUACCUCACUAAGAUGGAGCUAAGACUCUGGAGAAGGUUCCUGAUGGGGCCCAAACAUUGGAUCUCAGCUUCCCUGGACAUUGUGCUACCGACUUGCUCUGUUUGUUUGUUUGUUCUGGAGAUGGAGCUUCAGUCACACAAAUAACCAGCAUGUGUGUGGGAGCUUCAGGCCUGGUGAAGUUCGAAGAGGUGGCGGUGGUGUUUUCGGAGGACGAAUGGAACCUGUUAUCAGACCAGCAGCGUGGCCUCUACAUGGAAGUGAUGAAGGAGAACUACGAGCACCUCAUCUAUCUAGGCUAUGAAGUUCCUGUUAUCUUAUCCUUGCUGCAGGACGGAGGAGGGAUCUCCAGCGAUGCAGGCUCUCAAUCAAAAUCUCAGCAAGUGGCAGUAGCUGAGGCAGGUUCUAAUGUCAACAGUAAGGUAGGAGGAAACAUCCCUGAAACUCUUUUUUCAAACCAAAAGAGCAAAGGUCCGCAAGGUAAGAAGACUGUUCACUGGAAAGAUGAAGAAAUGGAUACAAAUUGGAGUGGAAAUAGUCAUGAUGAAAAUGAAUAUGAACAAUCACCUACCAGUCCUUAUGGGAGGAGCCUGCGAAAGCGCAAGCAGUACUAUUGUCAUGACUGUGAGAAAUGUUUCAAGCACAGCUCCGCACUGGAAGCCCAUCGCAGGGUCCAUAGUGGAGAUAAGCCGCAUCAGUGUGACAUCUGCAAAGAAACCUUCAGCUACAAGUCAGCGCUUAUUGUGCACCGCCGACUGCAUUCCCAAGCAUCAACAAGCAAGUCACAGGAGGCAGAAAAUCAGAAACCGAUUGUUGUAAAAAUCCUACCUGUAACCCCUUCAACUGUAAACACUACUCCUGAAACACAACCUGUAAGUACUACAGAUGUAAUUGUUACAGCUGCCAGUACACCUGUAGUCAAUAAUCAAGGAUUCAACUUAAACAACACAUCAAAUAACCUUUCUUACGGGGAGAAGCCUCACAAAUGCAAUUAUUGCGACAAAAGGUUUAACGACUUAUCUAUUCUGGAAGCGCACCACCGCAUCCACACAGGGAAGCUUGCUUAUCCAUGCACAAUGUGCGAUCAGAGUUUUUCCAAGCCGUCUCUGCUUGCUGCUCAUAACAACACUCACAAGGAAGGCAAGCCCUACCAGUGUGACCAGUGCGACAAGAACUUCAACGACCAGUCACUGCUUGUAGCGCACAAAAGAACUCACACUGGUGAGAAACCACAUAAAUGCAGCCACUGCAACAAAUGGUUCCCCAACCGAACCAGCUUGAUCGCUCACGAGGAAUGCCAUUUGAAGCCCAAGCCCUACAAGUGCAAGCACUGCGAGAAGAGCUUUAACGAUAAGUCACUGCUGAUUACCCACGAAGGAGUUCACACAGACACAAAGCCGUUCAAGUGCAACCAGUGCCCCGAAAGCUUCUUCUUAAAGACUCAGUUGAUGGUUCACCAAGCGACUCACGCACCAGAGAAGCCUUUCCCUUGCAGCCAGUGUGAGAGGAGCUUCAACAAGAAAGAGACUUUGCUAGCUCACAUCCGGGUUCAUAACCUUCAGAACGUUCAAACACAAAAGCCUCACAGGCAGUGAGAGGACCAUGAAAUAGCUCGAGUCCAAGUGAAGAUAAAGCUGCAUUCUUCCUGUACAAAUGAACCUGUUGCAGUGUGAGCUUCACACCCUUGCCAUAGACACUGUCUAAAUGUAUAAUGCUGGACCAUUGCUUUCCUUUAGGGGGUUUGUAUAAAUUCAUGAUUUUUUUUUUUUUUUAAAUUUGUUAUAUUCUUGUUCCCUAGCCCAAUCCAAAACAUUAGUACUGACCAUUCAUCUUUGUAAACCCACUCUGUAGUGAUACUACGCAUUAAGUUUUCCUUAACAGCCUUUACUUGGGAAGCCUUAAUCUAUGAUGAGAGCCAUAUUUGUAAACUGCAUGAUUUAAAUAAGCGUUGGCUUCCUUAAAUAUCCCAUGAUCGAGGACUAUUGUUCACUGUCGAUUUAAAGAGCAAGUGCUGAGGUGCAUAAGACUGUUUUCUCUUAAGAAAUAUGGUCUUGUGUAGUAUAUACAGCUCCUAUAAGGGAUAUAUUUCACAUAUAAGUGUCUCGUAACUAGACACCGAUAGUGAUUUUAUUGCUAUGCCUACUUUCUUGGACUUUGCCUUUAUGCUGAUCCAUAGACAGAACAAUCCUGUCCAGAUCUUUUAAUAUAUAUAUUUUCCAAAGCAAAGCUGAUGCAGUCAGAAUAUUGAUGGUGCUUACUGGUCUCGGCUGUAGAAGGAGCUGAAUAAAAAGAUUGCAAGUCUCGGCAGCAGUGUGCUAAAUCAGUCUGUUAUCACUAACGGGUUGCAAGUAAGUUCCUAUAUCGGAGCUGCAUUCUGCACCAGUGAUCUUCAGUUUGUAGCCUUCCUGUAAUUGCUAGACUGUAAUGCAUAUCUCGGAAUGCUGGGAGUUGUAGUAUUUCAGAGAGCCACAGCACUCUUCCCUAAACCUUUCAAUUGCUGGGCGAGUACCCGGCUUCUUGUCACUUUUUAAUGAACUUCUUUUUGGGCCUUCACCCUACCUUUGACAGCUUUUUUGUUUCCAACGUAUUGCAUUCAUCAUGGCUGGUCAGCAAAUAUUGAUUUCUUUUUUUUUUACUUCCAUCGACACCCGGGACCCCUGAAAUUGGAAAUACUCCUUUAAAUAAAUUGUAGUCUUUUGCA